AUGGCGAAGGGCAAGAAAGGAUACAAUAUCCAACUAAUCGACCAUCUCUACAACCAAGUUCCAGCAUUUACUGACAUUUUUGAUGAGGAGACUUGGUAUAUCUUUGUGGCAUGUUUUGUGGCAAGUACAAUUGUUUUGGCAAUUGUGCUCUCCAGAUUUAUUACAAUCAGACCAGUUGGAGGAUAAGAAUUUAUUCUAAUGUAUGACAUCUUCACAACUGUGACAGGUGUAAUUAAUUUUUCUUCUUGUUAGCUUUGUAGUGCAUUCAUCAAGUUUUCUCAUUUGUUCUUUUCGAAUUUUUAACAGCCCUCAGAGAUAGACAUUCCUCAUUAAAGGGACUUAAAACUUCUACCAAAGCUUCACCCUUUUAGGCAGUGUGUAAAAUGUGAUUUUAUAAUAUGUAGUGUGCUGAAUAAAAUGUAAAAAGGCA